UCUUCCCAGCAGGAUUUAUUUGAUCCUUUGUUUACCGAAAAUAUGUGGUAUUAAGGAGCUGGGGACGACAGCGUAGGCCUGGGAGAAGGCUAUCUGACAGUUCUGUUUUCCCAGGGAGUAAAAACUUCUGUGUCACAUGUGAAGGAAUCAGCCAAAGAAAAGCAAUUUCAAUCUGCGUGUCAUAACUAACACAAGAUUAGCGUAUUACUUCCCACCAACACAAAUUGUGUUCAACGGGAAACACAGUGUUAUGUUGACAUUUCUUUCUGAAGUUAUUUUAUGACCUCCGGUCGCCCACUAGGGCAAGAGAAAUCAUUUAUUUAAUGGGCGACUUCGUUCUUAACAAAGCCCAGCUCAUAGGUACAAAAAUAGAUAUUACCUGCUCGACAUUGGCGUAAGAUAAUAUCAUCAUUCAAAAUGGCGGAUGUGGAUCCAGAAACCCUGUUGGAAUGGCUUCAGAUGGGGCAAGGGGACGAGAGGGACAUGCAACUGAUAGCUUUAGAACAGCUCUGUAUGCUUCUCCUCAUGUCAGACAACGUCGACAGAUGCUUUGAGAGCUGCCCACCUCGCACAUUUUUGCCAGCAUUAUGCCGUAUCUUUCUGGAUGAGUGUGCCCCUGACAAUGUACUGGAAGUCACAGCUAGGGCAAUUACCUACUACCUGGAUGUGUCUGCGGAGUGCACCCGGCGUAUUGUGGCUGUGGAGGGGGCCAUCAAGGCUCUGUGUAACAGACUGGUCGUGGUGGAAAUGUCAUCCAGGACUAGCCGCGACCUGGCCGAGCAGUGCAUCAAGGUGUUGGAGCUGAUCUGUACCCGUGAGUCGGGUUCUGUGUUUGAGUCAGGAGGACUGAACUGUGUUCUGACGUUCAUCAGGGAACAUGGCUCCCAGGUGCACAAGGACACGCUCCACUCUGCUAUGUCUGUCGUGUCACGCCUCUGUGGCAAGAUGGAGCCCCAGGAUGCAUCGUUGGAGGCCUGCGUCGAGUCAUUGUCCACACUUCUGAAACAUGAAGAUCAGUUUGUUGCUGAUGGAGCUUUGCGUUGUUUCGCCUCUCUGGCUGAUCGGUUUACACGCCGGGGAAUUGACCCCGCCCCCUUAUCUCACAACGGGCUGGUAGAGGAGCUGUUGAAGCGGUUAGAGAAUGUUGGAGAAGUAGGACCUAAUGUAUCAGUGUCCAGUACCCCUGGAAGUGUAAGCAUGACCCCAGAGAGCAAGUCCAGCCCCAGCAUUUCCACAGUGAUCAGUCUGUUGUCCACGCUGUGCCGGGGGUCACCGGCUAUUACACAUGACCUCCUGAGAUCUGAGCUGCCGGACGCAAUAGAGAGUGGACUUAGGGGUGAUGAGAGGUGUGUCCUAGAUACGAUGCGUCUGGUGGAUCUACUGUUGGUGCUACUCUUUGAGGGGCGUAAGGCUCUGCCCAAAGCUGGUGUCAGUAGUGUGUCCAGUAGACUGCCAGGCUUGGGUCGGAUGGACAGUGCUGGGGAGCGCUCACACAGGCAGUUGAUUGACUGUAUCAGGAGUAAGGACACUGAUGCCCUGAUUGAUGCUAUUGACAAUGGGUUUGAGGUGAACUUCAUGGAUGAUGUAGGUCAAACUUUACUCAACUGGGCCUCAGCUUUUGGAACUCAAGAGAUGGUGGAGUUUCUGUGCGAGAGAGGAGCUGAUGUGAACAGAGGGCUGCGUUCCUCUUCCCUGCAUUACGCUGCCUGUUUUGGACGCCCACAGAUUGUCAAGACCCUGUUGAGGUAUGGUGCUAAUCCAGACCUGAGAGAUGAAGAUGGUAAAACACCCCUGGAUAAGGCCAGGGAGAGGGGUGAUGAGGGUCACAGGGAAGUCAUUCAGAUUCUGCAGUCACCUGGAGAGUGGAUGGUGCCAGUUCACAGAGAAAGUAACCAGCCUGAGCCGGAGAAGGAGAAGAAGGAGGAUGUAGAGGCUGAAAAGGUGGAGGCCGCCAUGACCGAGCCCAAAGGGGACCCCGAAGUGGCGCCUAUCUACCUACGUCAGCUCCUGCCGGUGUUUACCCGUGUCUACCAGAGCACCAUGCUUCCUUCUGUCAGGAAGUCUAGCCUGGCGAUAAUCCGGAAGAUGCUACACUACAUAUCUGAGCAGCAGCUUGAGGAGGUGUGUGGCUCAGAAUUCACCUCUCCCAACUUUGCUGUUCAGAUUACAGAGGUGCUGGGAACUGUGCUCGACAAUGAGGAGGAUGAUGAAGGUCACCUGACAGCCCUCAACACAGCCCAGGACCUCAUGCAGAAGGGGGAGGAGAUAUUUCUGGAACACUUUGCCCGUCUGGGGAUCUUUGGUAAAGUGCUAGCCCUGGCAGGACCCCCACCAGAAGAGGAGGAAGGGGCCAAGGCAAAAGAGGAGAAAUUAGCACAUGAUGAGGAUGACACAAUGCCUGAAGAUGGUAAGGAGGUGUUACAAGGCCGACCUUACCACUGGAAGGACUGGUGUAUCGUGAGAGGGCGUGACUGCUUGUAUCUGUGGAGUGACGCAGCUGCCUUGGAGCUCUCUAAUGGUAGUAACGGCUGGUUCAGGUUCAUCCUGGACAGUAAGCUGGCCACCAUGUACUCCAGUGGCAGUCCUGAGGGAGGAUCAGAUAGCUCAGAGAACCGUGGUGAGUUUCUGGAGAAACUCCAGCGAGCCAAGAGCCAGAUAAAGAGUGGGACACCCAGUCAGCCUAUCCUGUCCCACAGCAGUCCUGCCAGGCUGGUGGUAGGCAACUGGAGCCUAGCAUGUAAAAAAGAGGGGGAGCUUCACAUACACAACUCCGAUGGACAACAGGCCACAAUCCUGAAGGAGGAUUUGCCAGGGUUUAUCUUUGAGUCAAAUAGAGGAACAAAGCAUUCCUUUACAGCUGAAACUUCCCUGGGUCCUGAAUUUGCUGCCAGCUGGGCAGGAAAACGAAGUAAAAAGUUCAGAUCCAAAGUUGAUGCAAUUAGGACAAAGGCCAAGUGCUUAGCAAGAGAGCUCUAUAGUCAUUACUUUAAGGCAGCUGAGGCCACCCCGCGGGGAGUCGUGGCAAAACUGAAGAACAUUGUGCAGAGGCUUGAGUCAGCCUGUGCGCAGCAGAUAAGCCAGAUGACGUCCCCAGAGGGUCGGCUACACUGGCAGGAGGAGAUGUUCCGUGCCCUGGGAGACUUAACAGUAUUACUGAGGGAUGAGCACACUGUGUCAUCUUAUGAGCUGCACAGUAGUGGCCUGGUGCAGACACUGCUCAAUUGUCUCAACAAUAAUGUUGCUGAUCCCUCACCAAAAGCCAGCAGAAAGAAGACAGCAGAACGGGUUAACAUUUUCAAGAAAGCCUUCAUGGAAAAGGAAGGGAUGGUGCCCUCAGCAGUGGCUCUGGUGAGGAAGCUGAUAGCGGUACUGGAGUCCAUAGAGAAGCUGCCUGUGUACAGCUAUGACGUACCUGGGGCAGGAUAUGGCCUGCAGAUCCUGACAAGGCGACUGAGGCUACGGCUGGAGAGAUCUGCAGGAGAGACGUCGCUCAUUGACCGUUCUAACAGGAACUUGAAGAUAGAGCCUUUGACUAGCGUGGCAGCACUAGAAAGAUACCUGCUCAAAAUGGUGGCCAAGCAGUGGUAUGACUAUGAAAGGGGAACUUUUAACUUUGUAAAACGGCUGAAGGAACGUAAUGCCAAAAUUACUUUCUCUCAUCAACGGGACUUCGAUGAGAAUGGCCUUAUACACUGGAUUGGAACAAAUGCCAAAACUGCCUACGAGUGGGUGAACCCUGCCCAGUACGGCCUUGUGGUGAUCACGUCCUCGGAGGGGAGAAAUCUGCCUUAUGGCAGACUGGAGGAUAUCCUCAGUCGGGAAGCGUCAGCCCUCAACUGUCACACAAACGAUGACAAGAAUGCUUGGUUUGCCAUUGACCUUGGACUUUGGGUCAUCCCUACUUGCUACACACUGAGACAUGCAAGAGGAUAUGGAAGGUCGGCAUUAAGGAACUGGCUGUUCCAGGUGUCCAAGGAUGGACAGAACUGGGUGACGAUGUACAACCAUCAGGAUGACUGCUCUCUCAAUGAACCAGGGUCUACAGCUUCAUGGCCAUUAGAACCAGCUAAGGAUGAGACACAGGGCUGGAGACACAUCCGCCUGAAGCAGAAUGGCAAGAAUGCCAGCGGUCAGACACACUACCUGUCUCUCUCGGGCUUUGAGGUGUACGGAACAGUCACAGGCGUUUGUGAUGACUUGGGGAAGGCAGCGAGGGAGGCAGAAGCUAACCUGAGGCGACAGCGACGCAUCAUGAGAACACAGGUGCUACAACAGAUGAUGCCUGGGGCCCGUGUCUCGCGAGGAAUGGACUGGAAGUGGCGUGACCAGGACGGCAAUCCACCAGGGGAGGGAACUGUCACAGGAGAGCUCCACAAUGGCUGGAUUGAUGUGACCUGGGAUGCGGGGGGCUCUAACUCUUACCGUAUGGGGGCAGAGGGCAAGUAUGACCUCUAUCUGGCCCCAUCACAUGACCCAGAGAAAGUGAAAGUACAGAGUAAGGAAAAAGUGGAAGCUGGAGCGACUGGAGGGGUGAAGGUGAGGAAACCCCACACCUCCCAGGACAAAGUCAAGAUGACUUUCCUGGAACAGAUUGGUGCAUUGACAAGCAGGAAGAGCAGCUCGACCCCAAGUUUAAGUGAUGUGUCAGAGAAACAGUCAGUGGCCAGUACUGAGCAGGCUUCCUCAGCUGAGAACCUUACCUCGUCAGUGAAAAUUACGGCGGAGAGUAUCGCUGAGGGUAUUGUGAAUACAGCCAGUUCUGACGCCAUUGUGACCGUCACUGUGGACCCUGCUGAGGAGGUGAGCUCAACCGCAGAGUCCAUGGUUGUGGUUCAUCGCGGAGUGGAGCAGCAGAACAGGGAUAACUGUCGCCCUGAACACUCGGGUUACGGGUUUGGCAUGCUCCAGGGGGCCAUAGCAGAGAGGUCAGAGAGCAUUGACAGCAAUAUCUCUGAAUGUAAGGAGGACAUUGUGGGCGCAGAGGGCGGCAAGCCAGAUCAGUUUCCUGAUACCUUCAAAGGCCCUCACAUUAAACAUGUCAAAAUGGAUAGUCGUAAGGGAGAUAACCAGAACCGAACAAAUUCCUCCAACCCAAUGAGUGUGAGUGUUCCCAACCUGCCGACCAGCAUGGAGCAAACAGUGAGCCUGCUGGAGUCCUUUGCCUCGGUGGCCAGGCGGAACAGGAGCAGUAACAGUAAUAACAUGACACGGAGCAACAACGCCAGCAGUCUUGUCCGAUUAGCACUAUCUAACUCACCUAGUAAUUUAUUAAGCACCGCCCAAAGUUACCCCAAUCUCACCAAUACUACAUCUAAUACGUCCAACACACUGACAGCAGCUCAAACCAGCGGUCAUGUGACUUCCCUCAGCCAAGCGCUGACCAUGAGCUUGACUUCGACAUCUAGCGAGAGUGACAAUGAUCUGCUAGACAGCUGCCGAGCGACAACACUAUUAGCCGAGCUUGAAGAUGACGACGAAUUACCAGAGCCUGAUGAUGAGGAUGAUGAAAAUGAGGAUGACAAUGAAGAUGAUGAGGAAUAUGAGGAUGUUUUGGAGGAAGAAGAGAUGGAUAUGAGGGGUGGGAGGCGCCGCACCUGGGAUGACGAAUUUGUCCUCAAAAGACAAUUCUCAGCACUUAUACCAGCAUUUGACCCCAGGCCUGGACGCACAAAUGUGAACCAGACUCAGGACUUCGAGAUCCCUGCUCCAGGUGCACCUGAGAGCAGUGGUCUAGAGAAGGCUGACCAGGUGCCUCAGCCCAGACUAGGGCUCUACCUCAAGGCUCCCUGUCUUCCUGGGCUGGGUGAUGAAGAGGUGUUACUGACAGAGAACAACUCCUGUAUCUUCAAGUACAUCCAGCAGCUGUUAGUCCAGGGGCAGAGUACAGGGCGUACAGAGAGGAUCAAGAGAGUGUGGGAACCUACAUACACGAUACUGUAUAAAGAGCUAAAGGAUGGUGACACCAAGCAGGAUUGGGCAGGAUUACAAGGCAACUGGCCUCUGUCCUAUGUGGAAGGCCAUUUGGGCACCACCAGCCUGUCCAAAUCCGAGGUGAUUGAUUACCUUCGUCACUACGCCUCGCCAGCUUUUCUCCAGCGCUGGAAACUGAUGGGCACCUCUAGAAAUAUUAGAAAGACUAGGAAUUGUCAACAGUUAAUAGCUGCAUACAAGGAUUUCUGCCACAAUGAGCUGGCUAAGCUGCCUCGUUCCACCAGCAGUACCGGCUCCUCAGUGCACAUCCUCAGUGAGUGGGAUGCUCCUCCCAGUAAUGACCCUGCAGCCUGCACUGUUGACCAUGUACUCCAGCUUCUACAGUGUCUCUAUGCAAUAUCUAUGGAUACAGAUGUGGGUAAUGCUCAGUUCAAUGUACCAGCAGAAGAAUUCAGCAGUGUCAAGAUCACGAACAAGCUGUGUCAGCAAAUCCAGGAUCCACUGGUUCUCUCCAGCAAUGCUCUACCAGACUGGUGUGAGAAGCUUACUAAGUGGUGUCCAAUGCUCUUCCCAUUUGACACCAGACAACUUUACUUUGCCUGUACAGCCUUCGGCACAUCAAGGGCUAUCGUCUGGUUACAAAACAAACGCGAUGCGUCGAUAGACCGCAACCGUGGUCCUUCCCCACGUCGUGAAGAUGCCCAUGAGUAUCGAGUGGGCCGAUUAAAACAUGAGCGAGUCAAAGUGCCUAGAGGUGACCAACUUCUGGAGUGGGCAAUACAGGUGAUGAAGUACCAUGCUGACAGGAAGUCCAUCCUGGAGAUUGAGUUUGAUGGCGAGGAGGGAACAGGCUUAGGCCCCACCCUAGAGUUCUAUGCCCUUGUUGCUGCAGAAACUCAGUGUAAAUCUCUGGGGCUCUGGCUGUGUGAUGAUGAAAUUCCGGAUGUCAUGGAAAGGGAGGUUGACAUAGGUCAUGGUAUGAAGGCCCCAGGGUACUAUGUGCAGAGAGCUGGGGGGUUGUUCCCUGCUCCUCUCCCCCAGGACAGUGCUGACAUGGAGCGUGUAGAGCGUCUCUUCUCCUUCAUGGGCACCCUGCUGGCCAAGUGCAUCCAGGACAGCCGGCUCAUCGACAUGCCCCUAUCCAGACCCUUCCUAAAGCUGAUGUGUAUGGGGGAGGUGGGUCACAACAUCACCCAGCAGUUCAGCGAGCUUGCCCACCGGCUGGGUGAAGACAUGACGGGCUCAUGGACUAGUCAGCUUAGUGAUCACAUGAUCUCCAGCACUGAGGACAUGGACAAGGAACUCAUACUUGACCCGCCCAAGUUCCGACAGCCGGCCACGCCCCCGUGGUACGCAGGCAUCCUGACAGAUGAGGAUCUGGAAAUUGUCAACCCACACCGGGCUGUGUUCCUCAAACAGCUGAGAGAGCUGGCCAACAGGAAGCAGAAGAUUGUGAAUGAUAAGGAGCUGAGUGAGGACCAGAAAAACUUGCUGUUACAGGAGUUGGCCCUGGAGAACCCCAGCAAUCCUCAGAUGGCUGUGAGGCUCGAGGACUUAGGUCUAAAUUUCCAGUUUAACCCAUCAUCCAAGGUGUAUGGUUUCUCAGCUGUUGAUCUGAAGCCAAAUGGAGAGGAUGAAGAGGUCACCCUGGAGAACGUAGAAGACUACAUUGAUCUGGUGACUGACUUUUGCUUCAACUCGGGCAUCAGAUGUCAAAUGGAAGCUUUCAGAGCUGGGUUUAACAAGGUGUUCCCCAUGGAGAAGUUACAUUCAUUCAGUCCUUCUGAGUUGGGAAUGAUGCUGUGUGGAGACCAGGCCCCAAGCUGGAGCAGGGAAGACAUUCUGAACUAUACAGAGCCUAAGCUAGGAUACACCAGGGAAAGUGCCGGAUUCCAAAGGCUCACAAACGUGUUGGUGAAGAUGAGCGGAGAUGAGAGAAAGGCCUUCCUGCAGUUUACAACAGGUUGUUCAUCAUUGCCACCAGGGGGACUGGCCAAUCUGUACCCCAGGUUAACCAUCGUCCGCAAGGUGGAUGGCAAUGACGGUAGUUAUCCAUCCGUCAACACGUGUGUUCAUUACCUCAAAUUGCCCGAGUAUUCGUCCGAGGAGAUCAUGAGAGAGCGGUUAUUGGCGGCCACCAAGGAGAAGGGUUUCCACCUGAACUGAAACACUCUACAAAGUGGGAACAUUGCAGCUCGAGGAAAUCACUGUUAUAUUAAAGAUUCAAAAGUUCAGAAUAAAGGCUGUGAUUGGAAUUUGGCUUCCAGCUGUAGCUGUUGAGAUGUGUAAAAUAUGGUGUGGACAAGGACAAUGGAGACUGUCGAUUAAGUCUGGAUCUGUACAAGUUCCCUCAUGGCUGUGAAGAUGGAUUUCAGUAAUUUUGUUUUGGUAGAACUUUUAGCGAAAAUUGUGAAAUCAGCAAUGGUGACAAGGCUGUGUUAAUCCAGGAUCUUGAAGGUGGAUGUUUAGUGCCAAGGUGGCAGCCAACAUAUAAGUUGUGUGAUUCAUUGUGAUAGAAAUUUUUCGCUUGCUUUCAGAGAGACCAGAUCGUAUUAAAGGGAAAUGCGUGGUGAAUACAGCUCUAUAAAUACAAGUUGAUUGGAAUGCUGUAAUGAAUAUGUCCAAGAAGACCAUUGUACUUAAAUCAUGUGACAAGACAUGCUUUAUUGACAGUCACUACCACUGCAGUACUUGUUCGGCAUUUUCUGUUUUGUAUAUGAAUUUUGGGGAAUGCUUAUAACACUAUUCAAGUUUCCUCUCCUCCUGCUUUCAUUCAUCAGUAUUGAUCCAUGUAGUUAACUAUUUAGCGUCUAUGGUGAUCAUGUAUUCCAAACACUUAUAUGAAGUGGUUAUUGCUAAUUGUGAUUAACGUUGGCUUUUCUCCCCCCCCCCCCACUGUGUGCUGUUGCUCAGUCAGGUAUGUGAAGGGUGAAGUGAUAUCUCUUGACCAUGUGUGUGUGUGUAUGGAUGGGGUCUGUGAACGAAUGAAUGAAUGAGCCUGUAUUAACAAAAAUAUGAUGCGUGCAAACAGAGCGUGAUAUGUACAUGUAGGCUUCAAGUAGUUUUAAGUUCAGCUUUUCCAACCUAAAUGUAAAGUUGCUCCUCCAUUCAAAUGAGUGAAACUCGUUUACGAAGAUAUACAUCGAAAUAAAUUGUUUGGGAAAUACAUGUGAAACUUCCAUUAGUUUCCACUUUCACAAAACUGCAUCAGUCAGUUUUUUCAUAACUUGCCCAGUAAAUCAUGUCACUUUAUGGCGCUCUGACCCAGGAGUCAUUUGUGAAAAAAGUUACCUGAACUUGGGUGAUGGCCCCAUAUUGGUAGAGCUGGUUACAAUAUUUACAUUUAGGGGCAUCGGCCUUGUGGCACACAUCCGCAUAGUGUUGGACCCGGUACAGUGUGAGAGUUUUGGUCAUCACAGUGCUAGAUAGUCUAGUCAGGACCAGCAUUGGUUCAGGCACACCUGGCUCCAGGCAGUUUGGCCUUAUAUUAACUAUUUAUUUGAGUUUCCUGGGGUCUGUAGUAAUGUUCAUUGUUCUUUGUGUAAAUAAGCACCUUCCUGGUUUCACUCUAGCGAUUUUGCAAACAUGCGAUUAAUGUUGUUCUGCAUCAAAAGAGUGUAAAAUGUGAUUGGUUGUGAACCAUUUGACCCUUUAGCUAAUGAAAAAUGAUUGGAAUCCACAUCUUUUAUUGAUAACACAUGCAUUUCUAUCAUCACUGGUUUUGAUGUGAAACAAUCGCUUUGGUUGGUUUGUGUAUGGUAUGGUUCUGGAGUGAUCAGAGUUGAAGCAGUGGUGGAAAUUACUCGAUAGAAACACGAGUUGGUAUCUCGUAAAGCGUAUUACCUCGAUAUCGGGUGUAUCCGCCAUGUGCCUUACACUCUUUAGAAACAGAAAAACAUUAAUCGCAUGAAAACCAGGGAAGGG